AUGGAGCCACUGCCCAGCUUGCUGGCGAACCGCUCUCCAGAGAGGCCCGGGCCUGCUGGAAAGGUGGCCAGGGAGUUCCUGACAGUUAGCCGUGAGGUGCGCCGGUUAAAGGUCGCCUGCAUCUCCACUCCAGAGGCUGGCCACCUGGUCCCUACAGUGCAGAUUGCGAAAGCUCUGGCUCGGCGAGGGCAUCAGAGUGCCCUGGUCACCUUAGACUGUGCCCGAGAGAAGUUCGCGAAAGGCUGCGCGGCAGCCGGCUGCGAGUUCGUCGGCCUGGCAAGGGGCAUCCCGGGCUCGGAUGCCGGGAGUGGACUGGCGGCAGAGCUGACGUCGAAAGGGCUCUUUGGCAUCCUUUUCAGGCACUAUGACCAGGCGAUGAGGGAGGAAUUUCGAAGCUGGCUGCAGUCGGAGCAGCCAGACGUCGUCGUGGUGGACAUGGUGACUUUGGCAGGCGUUGCGCCUGCGAGGGACUGUGGGAUCCCUAUCAUCUUGAAUGUUCCGGGGCCGCUAGAGCUCUUCAAGAACAUGAGCAUCUCGCUGGUGCUGAUGCUUUGCACAAUGUCCUUCCUCAACACACGGAGCGUCACAGACACCAGAAUCAUGCUGCAGGUAAUGUUCGAUCUCAUGCCUGCAUUCAGCUCCCAGCUGUGCUUGGUGAACAGUUUCUUCGGCCUGGAUGCUGCAUGGCCAGUGCCUCCCAACAUCGUCAUGACCGGCUCAACAGCCCCAAGACCCUCUUCGAUAUUGCGGGAGACCUCGGAUGAACGUUUCAAUGCGUGGUUGCAGCGAGUCCGCGGCAUGGGGCUUCGGAUCAUCUACGUGACCAUGGGCAGCAUGCAGGUUUUGGAGCCUUUCCAAGUACGAGCCUUGUUCGAGGGUCUCCAGGCGGUGUCGCCACGCUGUGCAGUGGCUUGGUCUUUGAAGCCGGAGCAACAGGAAAUGUUGCCCCUGGGCAAAGAGGCAUUGCCUGCACACUUCUUUAUCCAGAAAUGGUUGCCACAGGGGGAGGCAUUGCAGCUCCCUGACGUUGCAGUGGUUGUGACGCAUUGCGGCUUUGGUGGGCUAAACGAGACUAUUGCUGCUGGAAAGCCACUCGUUGCAUUGCCGUUCCGCGCCGACCAGCCCGCCAAUGCCAAGCUUGCUCGCGAACGGGGCCUGGCGGAGGUCCUGUCACCGCCAAAACUUACUGCCGCUGCCGUCACCACCGCCGUCAGCAAGGUCCUUGUUGAUGGCAGCUACGCGAAGCGAGCUUCGGAGCUGCAGCGGUCGAUGCUGAAGACCGGAGGCGCAGAGGCCUGUGUAGAUGCGAUCGAGCACUUUGUUGAGCAUGGCGGUUGCGAGGAGCUCUUUGAAGCCUUCCUGGCAUCAGAUCUGUCGCAAAGCCCUUGUGCCUGUCACGCUGAUGGCGGCUGGGGCUGCAGGAGCCUGUGUGUUCCAGCGUUACCUCCGGAAAAACAAUUGAAUGCAAUUCAAGAGCUGGUCAUGUCGGAGGUUGAGUACAAGGUUCAAGAGAAGACGGAAGAGAUGUGGAACAGGGGCAAGCAGGUGGUCGCGCAGAUGAAGCAGCGCCACCAGCAGACCGUGCAGCAGCACCUGGACGAAAUUGCCCGUCUCAAGAAGAGCAGCCAGGACUUGGAAGAGGAAAAUAUGCGUCUGAAUCAGCUCGUCCACGACCUGGCCACUGGACUCACGGCUGUCGGUGGCAACUACCUCAAUGGCAAGGACUUGCCCUACGGAUCUCCGGACUCUUGCGCGAGUACUGCAGUCGAAGAGCCCGAGGCCAGCAAACAAGUGGAGGCUGCGACGCCCUUCACUCCCAAGCCACGAACAGAUCCAGACACGCCUCCGUCUGCGUUGCCGGAGGUACCGGCGUUCCCGCUGCUCAGCUCUCCGGUGCCCCUGUCGGCACCCAUCUCUCUGGCGGAGUCGCUAGGUCAAGCGACUCCUCAACGCACGCCGGUGUCCCUGAUGCAGUCCUUGAUUGAGAUGCCAUCCCCCUUCACUGUCAAUGGGCGUGCAGGGGCAGGCAUGGUUGGUGGAAACGGGAUCUUCAGCUUCACGUUGCGCAAGGCAGAUGGCACCGAGCUCGGGCUCAACGUGUCACACUCCAACGAUGAUCGCGUGCUGUGUGUGGAGGGCAUCCGCCCUGGCGGAGCUGUGGAAGCCUGGAAUCGCCAGUGCUUGGGCCCAGGAAGCACUUUCACCGAGAAAGCCGUGUUUCAAGGAGAUCGAAUUAUCAGUGUCAACCAGAUCUGCUACGACCCUAACAAGAUGCUCCAGGAGUGCAAGGAGAAGCAGCUGCUGAAGCUCACGAUCGCUCGCGGCAAUGUUUCUCUGCCCUCAGCCCCGGCUCAGGGGCCUGGCUCUGCCUCCCUCCGUGCGGAUGCCUCCGAGUUCGUGCCCGGUGUGACGUCCAAGCCCACGACCAACGGCGACGAGAAGAAGGACCGCGAGCGCUCUUGGUUUGUUGCGUACUGGAGCAUACAUCUCUUCUCCAAUGCCCGCUUUCCAUACACGUAG